AUGGCGACCAUGUUGCUUCUCGCGCUUCUGCUGGGCCUUUUGGCCGUAGCGGCCUUCGCGCAGAUCCCUUCUACGUCAGGUACACCACAACCUUCGCCACACUCCGCCGUUUUCGUGAGCGGAACUGCAAGACUCUUCUUCAAUCUCUGUGGCAGGGUUUAUCAGCAUAGACUGUGGCCUCGACGACGACUCUGGCUACAAAGACCAGGUUACUCAGAUCCUGUACUCGCCGGACGAGCCCUACACCAGCGCCGGAGUGAACAGGAAGGUCUCUCCUAGCACCAAUCUGACGUCCAUCAUGCGCUACUAUGCCAACGUCCGGAGUUUUCCUGAUGGGACUCGAAACUGCUACACGCUGCGGCCGCUGGUGCGGGGCGCCAAGUAUCGGGUGAACGCGCAGUUCUUAUACGGGAACUACGACGGUCUGGGUCGGCCGCCGACGUUCGACUUAUACCUCGGCGUCAACCUGUGGAUGACCAUGGAAGCCGGCGACUUCAAUCGGUCGGAGAUCAUCGCCAUCGCCGCCACCGAGAGCAUGCAGGUCUGCCUGGUGAACACGGGAAAUGGGACGCCCUUCAUAUCCGAGCUCGACCUGCGGCCACUUCUCUAUUCCAUGUACACUCAGGUCGACUCGUCGCAUUCUGUCGUCAUGCUCGAUGGUCGGAAGAACUACUGAGGGGAAGCCCAGAUCACGUUCUCUCUCUCUCUCUCUCUAGCCGUCCAUCUCGAACUAUCUAUCUGCCUCUCUCUAAAAAAACUCUCGUACAGGUACCCGGCCGACCCCUACGACCGCCUGUGGUUCCCCGUGCCACUAGGCAGAGGGAUAAGCACCAACGACACAGUGAAACUGGGAGAUGGCUUUGGAUUCCAGGCGCCGGAGGCCGUCAUGAAGACGGCAGCGACGGCGCUGUCCCUCUCGGAGAGUUUGAACAUCACAGUUCAGGGGAACCCUGAUGUGCCUACCUAUCUUGCCAUGCACUUCGCUGAGCUCCUGAGGCUGGGGGCCAACGAGACCAGGGAGUUCAACAUCUACGUGGGCGACAGCCUGUUCUUCGGUCCGUACAGACCGAAACUCCUGCUGGCGGAUUUUGUCUACACGCUCCCGCCGGGCCAAAAAGGGGGGCAGACCUACUCCCUUCGGGCCACGGCCAACUCCACUCUACCCCCCAUAAUCAAUGCCCUCGAGGCGUUCACCGUGCAACGGCUAACCUUGAUGCCGACCGACGAGAGCGAAGGUGAGCCCCUCUGAGUUCUUUCCUCAGGAACGUCUUCAACCCAAACAACUAUCUUCCAUCUUCUAUUGCUCGAAUUUUCAUGAGAUUCGUCAUAAAUUAUGACAGACUCUGAUUACAUCGCCACGAGAGGAGUAGUCAAGGGGAGUAGAAUCAUGUCUGUCGUCUCGGCAUCAUAUAUAUACCUCAAAGCUUUCCUUCUUUUCAUCGAUCAUACAUGAAAAAGCAUCUAAAUUAUUCUUCACGGAUUAUCUUCAUAAAGACUAUCGCCGUCUCGUUGUUCUUAGUUACUCUUGCUCACCCACAUGGAUGACAGUGGAGGCCAUUUCAAAGCUCAAGGACUUGUAUAAAGUUAAAAGGAACUGGGAUGGCGAUCCGUGUGUUCCACAAAACUUCACCUGGGAAGGCCUGGAAUGCAGCGCCAAUGCCUCUAAUUACUGGAGGAUAAUCUCGUUGUGAGUUCUGACAGUGUGAUCAACUAAAUUUCUUUUCUAAGCCACCAGGCUUGAAAUUAUAUGGCACCGAGGAAUGAAAUUAUCUUUGCUUGCAGAAACUUGUCUCAUAGCGGAUUGGGUGGUGGAAUUCCUCCUUUUAUUGCCAACCUCACAAGCUUGACAUACUUGUAAGUUCGUUUAAAAUUUUUGAAUGUGCUUUCCACGUCUUCUUUUGACGAAUAUUCUAUCAAGCAUAAAAAAAUGCCAAUUUAAAGAAAUUUCAUGCUAUUUUUGAAUGAAAAAUUUAUCACCUGCAACUAUUUAUUGAUAUUUUUUUCACGGGAAAUAGAAGAUUGUGUCUCUUACUGAUGUAACGAGAAUAAAAGGUUUCUCUCAAAGCUAAUGCAUUCCAAGCAAGAAAGUAGAUAAUUUUACACUCUACGCUCUUCUACUACUUUCAGGGAUCUAUCAUAUAACAACUUUUCAGGUGAAAUACCUGCUUACGUAGAGAAACUACAAGCUCUUAAAAUCCUGUAGGUUUCGAAACUUUGAACGCUCCAAUUUGGUUCUUCAUCCAGGGAGUAUCGGAUGGUUAAAUAUUCCCCUUUUUGCAGGAACUUGGAAAGCAAUAAUUUGAAUGGGACUAUUCCAAGGACUCUUUCAGAAAGAUCACGAGAUGGAUCGCUACUACUAAGGUUAGCGUUGCAUCCAUGGUCAUUGGAUAAUAUGCUUCUGAAGAAGUAAUUUAAAACAAAAAGUUAUGCCAACGAGGGAAAAAUAAAUAAAGCAUGAAAAUAAUCCAUAAUGUUGAUUAAUUCCCACUGUUGAGUUGCUCCAAACCCCAGGUUUCUUAUAUACCGUGCCCCAGAAAAGAUAGUUGAGAAAAAUCCUUGAUACAAUGUGUUAAGUAGAUGAUAGAAUAAAUUAAGACAUUGCUAAUAUGAAGCACUUGACAGGAUUACUUCCUCGAACUAAGUUUCUGCGCUUUCAUUUCAAAAAAUUGACUGAGACAUGACCGGUUUAUUUUUAUAUUCCGAAAUAUAGUCCUUAAAAACAUGCAAAACAUUAGUCACUGAGUUUUCCUCAUACCUGAAAGAAAACCGGUGUGUGGUUAGCAUUACAACAUCAAACAUGAAGGUGUCACACACAUUGAGUAGAAAAAAAAGAUCAGUCCCUCGUUGGACACUUGAUCGUAGAUUAAAUUUGUGUCGAACGCUCUAUAAAUCCUGGAUAAUCAGUAAAUUCGGAUAUAGAUGAUGUAUUCACCCUAUUCUGACACCUAUUAUCUUAAAAUUUUAGGAUCAACAACAAUCCAAUUCUAUGCAGCACAGUGAGUCUCUGUGAAUCAACAACAACAACAACAACAACAAAAACAAAGAAAAAAAAGAUAAUCAUUCCCAUUGCAAUAGCUAUUUCGGCAUUCGUUCUGCUUGUUUCUGUGAUCGUCAUCAUAGGAUGUAUACUUAAAAGAAGAAGGGUAGACAAAGCCCAAAAGAGUACCCAAGGUACAUAUCUGUAACUUAUGUUACUUUUAUAACAUUAUCAAGUCUGCUAUCAACACUUGUUGGAAGGCCGCUCGUAAUGUUAUUUUAACAUUUUCCUGUAUUGCAGUAGAAUUAUACAGGGAGCAACAAGGAAGGGAUGGUGGCCGCCAGUUAGUGGAGAAGGAAAAUAGACUGCUUUCUAAAAGUGACCAAUUUUCAAUAUCUGAUGUUGUAAAUAUCACCAAUAAUUUUGAACGACCAAUUGGAAGAGGAAGCUUUGGAAUCGUCUACUACGGCCGUUUAAAAGAUGAAACUCAAGUUGCAGUGAAAGUACUUUCUAUAUCAUCAACUCAGGGAACGCAGCACUUUAGAGCUGAGGUGAGUCAUAGUGACUGAAAAAGAAAUCCCAAUGGUCCCAGUGGUAUUUAAUUCCAUUCUACUUACAACUGAGGCAAGACCUAGUGAUUAUAUAUUCAUUCGUGACUUGUUUUAUGCCCUAAAAUAACGGGUAUCUUGGAAUUUCAGGCUCAACUGUUGAGGAGAGUGCACCAUAAACAUCUAGUAACAUUGUUAGGAUAUUGUAACGAUAACCUAGCACUGGUCUACGAGUUCAUGCCUCGGGGUUCCCUUGCAGAUCACCUCUCAGGUUAUCUUCACAUAUGAGCAAAUGCCAUGUUACUCUGUGAGCCUUCAAUUAUUUUCCUUGCCUUUCAAGUCCUCAUAUAACAAUCAAUUACACACAGGUGGCUCUGCCCAUCAUAAUACCUUAAGUUGGAGAGGGCGACUUCGUAUAGCACUUGAAGCAGCACAAGGUUCAUUCUUGAAACAUCAUUGAUCUUCCUUUCUCUUAUUAUUUCUUACGUCUUAUUCUAUUAAUGAUGUAUGAUGGUCAUAUUUUUUGAACUCCAGGACUUGACUAUUUGCACUGUGGUUGCAAGCCACCCAUUGUUCACAGAGACGUCAAGCCUUCAAAUAUCCUCUUAAACGAAAACUUUGAAGUCAAGCUAGCCGAUUUUGGGCUGUCCAGGGCUUUCACCAAUGAAGAGGCUACUCACAUAUCAACUCUAAUUGCAGGCACUCCUGGUUACCUUGAUCCUGAGUAUGUCCUAAAGAAUGCAUUCAUAGUUCAUACAGGCAAAGGAAUAGUCUUAGCUUGAGAAUUUACUCAAUUUUCCGAAUUCAUUCUGUGCAGGUAUUUCAGAACAAAUAGGCUGAAUGAGAAGACUGAUGUUUAUAGCUUUGGGAUCGUACUACUAGAACUUGUAACGGGAAAACCACCAAUCGGUAACGAUUCCCAGAGAACUCACAUAACCCGGCACGUGCAGUCCAGAUUAGAAAGAGGAGAUAUAGCUGAUAUUGCAGACCAAAGAAUGCAGGGCUACUAUGAUGUUAAUUCCAUAUGGAAGGUAUUAGAGAUCGCAAUGUCAUGCACGUCACGAAACUCUGGCGAGAGACCAACUAUAAGCACUGUGGUCAUACAAUUGAAGGACUGUCUGGCAGCUGAAUCAUCCGGGGAUUCCACAAAUGAUAGUAGUACAGAUACAUUAGCUGUGGUUCCUCCCCAUUCAAUGGCAAGGAUUAGCUCAUCUGCACGAUAG